GCGCAAGCGAUGUUGUGUCGUUCGUCAUCGCGAUUUUAAGUCAUUAGAGAUUUCAAUAUAUGGUGUCGCAAUUAACUAACUAAACGAAAAUGAAGAUAUUUAUUUUGUUGAGUAUAAUCUUACAAAUUAGUCAAAUUGUACUAGGACAGAGAACAUUUCCUAGUGAUUUUAUAUUUGGUGCUGCCACUGCAGCGUAUCAAAUUGAAGGUGGCUGGAAUGCUGACGAUAAAGGCGAAAACAUCUGGGACUACAUGACCCACAAUCGACCGACUGUUAUCAAAGAUCAAUCCAAUGGAGAUAUAGCGGCUGACACUUAUCACAACUACCGUCGAGAUGUCGAAAUGAUGAGAGAACUAGGGCUUGACGCUUAUCGCUUUUCACUAUCAUGGUCCAGAAUUUUACCUACCGGCAGAUCAAAUUACUUGAGCCAAUCUGGAAUCAAUUUCUAUAACAACUAUAUAAAUGAGAUGCUUAAAUAUAAUAUCACACCAAUGGUGACAUUGUACCACUGGGAUUUACCUCAACCAUUACAAGAUAUAGGAGGGUUCACAAAUCCCCUUAUCGCCGAGCUAUUUGAAGACUAUGCAAGAGUUGCUUAUGAACAAUUUGGUGAUAGAGUUAAGCAUUGGAUCACUUUUAAUGAGCCUAGGGAAAUUUGUUAUGAAGGCUAUGGAUAUGAUACUAAAGCACCACUAGUUAAUGCUUCAGGAAUAGGGGAGUAUCUCUGUGCUAAGAAUUUAGUUAUGGCGCAUGCGAAAGCGUAUCAUGCUUAUAAUAAGGAUUUUAAAGAUAGACAAAGAGGCGUUUGCGGUAUCACGAUUAGUGUUAACUGGAUGGGACCUGUUACUGAUUCUGUGGAGGACCAUAAGGCAGCUGAAUUGAGGAGACAGGGAGAAUGGGGCAUGUACGCAGAACCUAUAUAUUCCAAAGACGGUGGAUUUCCUAAAGAACUAGUAGAACGAGUCGCACAAAAGAGCAAGGAGCAAGGAUUCUCUGCAUCUCGACUGCCAGAAUUCACUAAAGAAGAGAAGACUUUUAUCAGAGGAACUUAUGACUUCUUUGGUGUCAAUCAUUACACUGCAUUACUGGUUUCUGCAAACGAUUAUAAAAGUAAACAUCGUGUACCUUCGUUGCUGGAUGAUUUGGACAGUGGAGUAUAUGUUCCUGAUGAAUGGCUAAAAUCGGCUUCUUCGUGGUUGACGAUGGCCCCAAACAGUCUGUUCAACGCCCUUACCCAUCUGAAAAACAAAUAUGGGAAUCUAAUCUUUUAUGUUACCGAAAAUGGCUGGUCCACUGCACCAGAAGUCGGCAUUAACGAUGAUGAUAGAGUAAAAUACUACAGAGCAACACUAGAAAGUGCAUUAGAUGCCAUCGAUGCUGGUGUUAACCUAAAAGGAUACAUGGCCUGGAGUUUGAUGGACAAUUUUGAAUGGAUGGAGGGGUACACAGAACGUUUUGGCCUGUAUCAAGUGGACUUCGAAGAUCCUAACCGUACCAGGACUCCUCGCAAAUCGGCUUUCGCCUACAAGCGGAUUAUUAAGAUGCGAAGUGUUGAUUAUAACAAUGACUAUGAUUUUUCGGCCAUGACUAUUGACGAAGGACAUACGUCAGUCAGAAAAGCCGUUACAAACUGCAAAAACACCACAGCUGUUAUUAGACGAGUAAACACGCACGUUUUCUUCCACCGUUUAAUUUUACAAAGUAGUCAAGUUGCACCUGGAUUAAGAAGUUUUCCAAGUGACUUCCUAUUUGGUGCCUCCACAGCAGCCUAUCAGGUUGAAGGCGGCUGGAAUGCUGACGAUAAAGGCGAAAACAUCUGGGACUAUAUGACCCAUAAUAGACCAACUGUCAUUAAAGAUCGUUCCAAUGGAGAUAUAGCAGCUGACACUUAUCACAACUACCGUCGAGAUGUCGAAAUGAUGAGAGAACUAGGGCUCGACGUCUAUCGCUUCUCACUUUCAUGGUCUCGUAUUUUACCUACCGGCAGAUCAAAUUACUUGAGCAAAUCUGGAAUCAAUUUCUAUAACAACUUUAUAAAUCAGAUGCUUAAAUACAACAUCACACCAAUAGUGACCUUAUACCACUGGGAUUUACCUCAAAGAUUGCAAGAUUUAGGAGGAUUCACAAAUCCCGUAAUCGGCGAGUUAUUUGAAGACUAUGCAAGGGUUGCUUUUGAACAAUUUGGUGAUAGAGUUAAGCAUUGGAUCACCAUAAACGAGCCUAGAGAAAUUUGUUAUGAAGGCUAUGGAUCUGAUACUAAAGCACCACAAGUUAACGCUACAGGAAUCGCUGAGUAUCUCUGUGCUAAGAAUUUAGUUAUGGCUCAUGCGAAAGCCUAUCAUGCAUAUAAUAAAGAUUUUAAAGGUAAACAAGGGGGUGUUUGCGGUAUUACUAUUAGUGUUCACUGGUUUGGACCUCUGACUAAUUCUAUCGAGGAUAUGGAUGCUGCUGAAUUGAAAAGACAGGGUGAAUGGGGUAUGUAUGCAGAACCAAUAUUUUCCAAAGAUGGUGGAUUUCCCAAAAAACUAGUAGAAAUAGUAGCACAAAAAAGCAAAGAGGAAGGAUUCCCUGCAUCUCGACUACCAGAAUUCACUGAGGAAGAAAAAACAUUCGUCAGAGGAUCUUCUGACUUCUUUGGUCUUAAUCAUUAUACUUCGUUUUUGGUGUCUGCAAAUAAAUCUAAAGGUAAUUAUCCUAUACCUUCGCUGCCCGAUGAUUUGGGAACUGGAAACUUGAUUAUUCCAAAAGAAUGGCCUAGAUCUGCUUCUUCUUGGUUGACGUUAGCCCCAAAUAGUCUGUUUAACGUCCUUACCCAUCUAAAAGAAAAAUAUGGGAACCUAACCUAUUAUGUGACCGAAAAUGGCUGGUCAACUGAACCAGAAGCAGGAAGUAAUGAUGAUGAUAGAGUGAAAUAUCUCAGAGCAGCGCUAGAGAGUGCACUAGAUGCAAUCAACGCUGGUGUUAACUUAAAAGGAUAUAUGGCCUGGAGUUUGAUGGAUAAUUUUGAAUGGAUGGAGGGGUACACGGAAUGUUUCGGUCUAUAUCGUGUGGACUUCAAAGACCCUAAACGCACCCGGACUCCUCGCAAAUCAGCUUUCAUCUACAAGCAGAUUAUUAAAUCGAGAAGAAUCGAUUAUAAUGAUAAUUAUUUAUCAACCAUGAAAAUUGAUAGUGGACAUUGAAUUUUAGUUACAAAUCAUUUGUUUAACUUUAGGAAUGUACUGUUAACAUUAUUUAUAUAAACACUGGAACUCUGGACAUGAUAUUGUUUUUUU